GAACUGAUGCUUUGUCUCGGUGAAACGGCUCUUCAGUUUACAGCUCGACCACAACAAAGAGGCAUCUGGUGCUCUGUGCGUUUAUUUUUUUGCGACGUCCUGGGUUAUUCGGAGCCAAACAUGGCUCUUUAAGUUCUCACUGACCUCCUUGGACACGAAUAGAAGUCGUGCCUUGCUUUAGCAACGCACCCAAAGUGCUCUACAGUUUUUCCGCAAGAAUGGAGUUUCAUUAUGCUCACCCUGCCCUGCUCUCUGUGGCCCAUCAGUCAGACCCCGCUCGCUCCCAGCGUAUAGUCGGACUCGGACUAAAUCAAGGCGUCAGCAGACAAAAUGAUGGCAACAUCAGCUCAUGUUUGGAGGACUCUUCGUGUCUGCCCGGCAGACCCCCUCGCUCUCUCUCCCCCACAGGCUAGCCACAGCCAAUCACAGGGGUGCAGGGGGGAGGUGUCAGAGGAGAGCCCGCGUUUAAUUGGUGAUGGUCUCACUGACUGGAUGACGGAAGAAGUGGACUUCUCCUCGUACCUCCCAAAUCCUCCUUCCCCUCCCUCCUCCACCAAUGCCUCCCUUCCCCCUUCACCCCUUCAGAAUGAUAUCCAGGUGCCCUCUGACUUGGAGGUCAUGACCUCUUUGCUGCAGGAGGAACUAGCCCAGCUUGAAGACUACUUCCUGUCUGAGCCACUGCCGGAAAAAGGGCAGCGGCUGGGGAAAUGCGACAGGGGUCCACUGCCGGCUGGUCCUCAGCCAUUCAGUCAACUGCCAUAUGCCUCGUAUUCUGCGUCCACCCAAUCGGAGUCCAACCCGCUUCUUGUUACCCUGGCAACCGGGGAGCUGGAUCUGCUGAGCAUCUGUGGCGGGUCCAUAGGGCGAUCCAAAAUUCCCAGACAUGCCCCAUACAGCUGCAGCCGCCCCAGUGGGUGUGGUAGGAAAAGAAUCCUGGAGGGCGUGAGGUUUGGCGACGGCUACGAAAACAGUUUGUUGGGUUCCAAAGGAGGCAACUCGGGUUCCUCUGCUGCGACACUAACGAGUAAUUACAGCUGCGUCGAGGAGGAGCAACUGGUAGGGAAAAACUACUGCUUGGGUAACACAAUCGAGGUCAGAAGAUGUGGCGGCUUAUCCAAAGACGAGAAAAAUUGCUGUUUCACCCAAGAUGCAAUAAGUGGCGUCAAGGUUGCUGGUGGUGGGUUUGGAUUCGGCGGGACUCUGGAUGCCCCUCAGAAGAAAGAGGACAUGUUAAUGUACAGCAUGAGGGAGGUCAGCGGCGAGGCGCUGAGCGGCGUCAAGACCAGCGUGGAGGUGACAAAGGCCACCGUCUCGUGGAAAAGCGACGUCGGCGAAAGCUGCUACAUCCCAGCGACGGCUCAAUCGGAGGCCUACAGCAGCUUUUUGGGAAACAUCAAUGAACAGGUGAAAACAGAGAGUCUGCAGAUGCUGCAGCCUGAUUUACACAGUAAUUACCUGGAGGAUCAGGCCCCAGAAUGCUUUCUGAUGGCGAGGGAGAGUCUGAACAUGGAAACCUCAGGGCACAGGCAGGCGUGCAGGCUGAGGGAAGACCACUGCGCUGUGAAAUACGAAGUAGACAUCAUUCCACACGAAGGCGGGGAGCGGAAGCAGAAGAAAAGAGAUCAGAACAAAACCGCCGCUCAUAGGUAUCGCCAGCGGAAAAGGGCGGAGCUUGAUUCUUUGGAGGAGCAGCUGCACUGCCUGGAGGGGAGGAACCGCGAGUUGCGAGACAAGGCAGAGUCCGUGGAAAGGGAAAUCCAAUACGUCAAAGACCUGCUGAUCGAAGUUUACAAGGCGCGCAGCCAGAGGCUGAAGCAGGACGCCACAGCGUAACGCCGCAUCACUUUUGUGUUUUCAUCUUCU